AUUCUUGGUUAGCUCAAUAAGGAGAAAGAGUAACUGUUUGUUAUAGUUAUGGGAAGAAGUUGCAAUCUUCUCUUUGCUCUUGCACUUCUCAUUCUGCUUCAUCACCAUUCUUCAAUGGCUACAUUUACCAAUAUUAGAACCGAUGAAGCUGUUCUUCUUGCCUUUAAAUCUCACAUCUCUUUUGGUCCUAACAAUAUCUUAGCAAGAAAUUGGUCUUCUUCCUGGCCAGUUUGCAGCUGGAUUGGAAUCAUUUGUGGCUCCCGCCACAACCGAGUCACUACUUUAGACAUUUCUAGCAUGCAACUUCAUGGUACUAUUCCUCCACACCUUGGAAACCUCUCAUUUCUUGUUUCCCUUGACAUUAAUAACAACACUUUUCAUGGAGAGUUGCCAGAAGAGUUGGCUCGUCUGAAGAGGUUGAAAUUGAUAGAUACCACAAGCAAUAACUUCACUGGUGUCAUUCCAUCAUUUUUAAGUUUGUUACCAGACAUUCGCUAUGUGAGCCUUUCAAGGAACCAGUUUUUCGGAAAAAUUCCCUCUUCCCUUUCCAAUAUAACAAAGCUGGAAGUGUUGAGAUUGCAUACUAAUUUUCUAGAAGGAGAGAUCCCUGGAGAACUCGGUAAUCUUCGUUACCUGACCUCGCUAUACCUGCAACAGAACCAGCUUACUGGCUCUAUACCACCAUCAAUCUUUAACAUUACAUCAAUGCAAGAGAUUGUUCUUACCAGCAACAAUCUUACUGGUAAGCUUCCAAUAACUAUAUGUGACCAUCUUCCAAAUUUGGAAGGGCUUUACCUCUCAAACAACAACCUAGAUGGCUCUAUCCCAUCAAACACAGGAAAAUGCAAAAAGCUGCAAGUCUUAUCAUUGUCUGUCAAUGAGUUCAUUGGAACUAUACCAAGAGAGUUAGCCAACUUAACAGCUCUUACAAACUUAUAUCUUGGAAUUCUGCAUCUGGAAGGAGAGGUACCGGCAGAGCUAGGUAAUCUAAAGAAACUACAGGAGCUAUCAUUAUCUAGGAAUGAGUUUACUGGUUCCGUCCCGACAAGCAUUUUAAACAUGUCAGAACUGCAGUUCCUAGUACUUGACGAAAAUAAGCUUUCAGGUCAUCUGCUAUCAGAUUUAGAUCGUGGAAUGCCCAACCUAGAAGAACUUUAUUGUGGGUUGAAUAAUUUGAGUGGCUUUAUCUCUGCUUCUAUCUCAAAUUCUUCAAGACUCAGAAUACUUGAUCUCGCAGGUAACAGUUUCACAGGUCCAAUUCCUGAAUCACUUGGUGACUUAGAACACCUUGAGCUUUUAAACUUGGGGGGAAAUAAUUUUUCCAGUGAUUCAGCAUUGAGCUUCCUGACACCUUUGACAAACUGUAGGAAACUAAGAGAACUCAUCUUAUCUCAGAAUCCAUUGGGUGGUUUUUUUCCGGAAUCUGUUGGGAAUUUCUCUUACUCUCUACAAAUUUUCGAAGCACAUAGUUGUAAAUUGAAAGGCGUCAUUCCUAAAGAAAUUGGUAAUCUUACUGGAGUGACAAAAUUAAAUCUGUUUAACAAUGAGUUGACGGGACAUAUUCCAAAUAAUGUCCAAGGCAUGCUGCACCUUCAACAAUUUUACCUACAAAGCAACAGGAUAAAAGGAACCAUCCCCGAUGCUAUGUGCAUUUUAAAGAAUCUUGGUGGCUUAGGCCUGUCAGGAAAUCAGUUAUCUGGUACAGUGACACCAUGCUUAGGGAAUGUUACCACUUUGAGAUAUCUUUAUCUAGAUAAUAACAGGCUAAAUUCAACAUUACCUGCUAGCUUGGGGGGCCUUCAAGAUGUCAUAGUAUUCAAUGCUUCAUCCAAUUUAUUAACUGGGGAAAUUCCUCAAGAGAUCGGAAAUUUAAAGGCUGCAACGCUCAUUGAUAUGUCAAAAAAUGAAUUCUUUGGUACUAUCCCUAGUACUCUAGAGGUCUAGAUAAAUUGAUUGAUCUUUCUCUGGCACAUAAUAGAUUAGAUGGGCCUAUUCCAGAUUCAUUUGGCAAAAUGCUGGCCUUGGAAUCCUUAGAUUUAAGUUUUAACAAUCUUAGAGGAGAAAUUCCAAAGUCAUUAGAAGCUCUUGUGUAUCUGAAAUACCUUAACUUCUCGUUUAAUGAACUCAGUGGCGAGAUUCCCACUAGUGUUCCUUUUGGAAAUGCCACAGGACAAUCUUUCUUGUCAAAUGAAGCACUUUGUGGUGAUUUUAAGUUUGAUGUGCCACAGUGCGUCCUCAAAUCUCCCAAGAGGAAAAAAGCAAACUUGGUUUUGUACAUCCUCUUGGGAACAUAUUUCUUUUAUUAGCGCUCGCAUAUGUAUUUUUAAGAUGGCGAAAGAUAAAGAAGAAUGCAGGUCAAACAGAUGUGCCUAUGGUAAAAGGGCAUGAAAGAAUUUCCUAUUAUGAACUUGAACAAGCAACCGGAGGAUUCGAUGAAAGCAACUUGCUGGGUAAUGGGAGUUUCAGCAUUGUCUACAAAGGGAUACUUAAGGAUGGUACUCUUUUGGCAACAAAGGUAUUCAAUGUGCAAUUGGAAGGUGCAUUCAAAAGUUUUGAUAUAGAAUGUGAGAUGUUGAGCAGCCUUCGCCAUCAAAAUCUUACUAAAGUCAUCACUUGUUGCUCUAGCCCCGAUUUCAAAGCCCUGGUGUUGGAGUACAUGCCCAAUGGGACACUUGAUAAAUGGUUAUACUCUCAUAACUUAUUCUUGGACCUAUUUCAGAGAUUGGAUAUAAUGAUAGAUGUGGCCUCAGCAUUAGACUAUCUCCAUAAUGGCUAUUCAACACCAGUGGUGCAUUGUGAUUUGAAGCCAAGCAAUGUCUUGUUAGAUCAAGAAAUGGUUGGCCAUGUUAGUGAUUUUGGCAUUGCAAAAUUGUUAGAUGCAAGGGAGGAUUUUGUUCAGACAGGGACAAUAGCAACCAUUGGAUAUAUUGCUCCAGAGUAUGGACGAGAUGGAAUGGUAUCCACGAGCUGUGAUGUUUAUAGUUUUGGCAUCCUGAUGAUGGAGACUUUUACAAGAAUGCGACCAAUUGAUAAAAUAUUUGUUGGAGACUUUAGCAUACGACGUUGGGUUAGUGAUUCUUUUCCAAGUGGAGUUCAUAAGGUGGUGGAUGCUAAUUUGGUACAGCUAGGGGAUGAACAAACUGAGGCAAAGAUGCAGUGUCUUUUAUCUAUCAUGGAAUUAGCUUUGAGCUGCACUCUAGUGACACCUAAUGCAAGAAUUAGGAUGGCUGAUGCUCUUUCUACACUUAAAAAGAUUAGACUCCAGUUUGUCAGUAGUCGUCACUAGGUGGUAUCAGAUCGUUAGCUCCCUGAUGCUUGAUUACCUAUGUGGGUUGUGUUAUCCUUUCAAUUAUGCACAAUUACUUGAGUGAUUUUGUAUCAUGGAUUGUAG